AUGGCAGCCGGCAAAGCGUCCUUGGUGGCUGUCAAUGUUCGUUUUGUUUUGAUUAAUAAACUCUUACCGAGAGCACUUUUUCAUCCAAAUAUCAGCAACGUUAAAAAGCGAGCAUUUACAUCAGGUGUACUCUCUCAGUCAGUUGAAGAAACCAUUUUGACAAACACUCCAACUAGUGGCUUCAGUGGACCUCUAGAACAUUACAGCUAUCUUGUUCAGAAUGGCGUAUUACAAGAGGACCCACAGCAAAAAGCUGUUCUGCAAGAUCUUGACUCCAUGCAGAAGAAGCUUAAAGGCUAUAGCAACCAGCCGGCAUCCAUAUUUUCAAAAUUUUUUCUUAGUCAGAAACCACCAAAAGGUUGCUACAUAUAUGGGGAUGUAGGCACUGGUAAAACCAUGGUCAUGGACAUGUUUUACCAUCAUGUAGACAUAACAAACAAAAAGAGGGUUCACUUUCAUGGAUUUAUGUUGGAUGUGCACCAAAGGAUCCAUAGGCUUAAACAGAGUAUGCCUAAAAGAAAGGCAGGUAAAAUGGCAAAGGCAUAUGAUCCGAUUGCACCAGUUGCAGAGGAAAUCAGUGAGGAGGCAGCACUGCUGUGCUUUGAUGAGUUUCAGGUCACAGACAUUGCAGAUGCCAUGAUUCUCAAACAGCUCUUUGAAAACCUCUUUCUCCAUGGGGUUGUAGUUGUUGCCACAUCCAACAGACCUCCAGAGGAUUUGUACAAGAAUGGAUUACAGAGGGUGAACUUUGUGCCAUUCAUAGCUGUGCUUAAGGAUUAUUGCAAAGUACUUCGUCUAGACUCCGGAAUCGAUUAUCGCAAAAGAAAUCGACCUGCAGCUGGAAAACUCUUCUAUCUCAUCAGUGAAGACAAUGUAGAAGCAACCUUGGACCAGCUCUUUGAUGAAAUGGCAUUUAAACAAAAUGACAUUAUGAGGCCCAGGUCUCUGAGGGUCCUGGGCAGGACGCUAACACUAAACAAAGCUUGUGGGACCAUUGCAGACUGCACAUUCGAUGAGCUCUGUGAUAGGCCUUUAGGAGCAAGUGACUACAUUGAAAUCUCCACAGUGUUUGAUACAGUGUUCAUUCGGAGUAUUCCUCUGCUAACUUUGAAUAAGAAGACCCAGGCCAGGCGCUUUAUAACUCUUAUUGAUUCUUUGUAUGAGCACAAGGUACGAGUGGUGUUACAAGCUGAGGCGCCACUAGAAGAGCUGUUUGUCAAUGAAGGACACCAUGAUGAUGAGAGCCACAUUUUAAUAGAUGACCUAGGACUGAAAAGGGAUGCAGCCAGUUCGCUGUCAAUAUUUACUGGUGAAGAAGAGGUAUUUGCCUUCCAGAGGACAGUUUCACGCCUCACAGAGAUGCAGACAGAGGAAUACUGGGUGCAAGGCGAUCGAAGCUCUACAUAGCACUCAUCAUUACUAACUCACACAUUAAUGAACAUCAUUAACCUCCUUUUAAUAGAUCCUGGGAUCAUUUUUAUAAACAACAUUUUAUUUAUAACUGCUGCACUUUAUACUGUGGACAUGACAUAUAGAAAGUAGAGUACAUAUUUUUGGAAUGUAUUUAUUUGCCAAAAUUACAAUUAGCACAAGACAAAUCAAAUCAGCUUAAUCGAAUAAUCAAUAUACAUAUAAAAUUAAUACAAAUACAACAUAUCUAAUUGCAUACACAACAAAACAGUGUAAUCAGCAAAUAUUACAUAUAACAUGGUGUGUUAAUGUCCAUGCAACUUUAUGAUUGUAAAAGUUAUUAGUGGUAAGUAAAAGAACAUUGCACUGAAUGAGAACAUUGAGCAUAUUGCGCACAAUUAUCAAGCUCAGUAAUGGUUAGAUUUAUUUAUUGUUGGUUGUCUUGUUAAACAACGGUGAGGUUUUUUGAGCAGGAACAGGUGGCAUGUGGUGCAAGUUUUGACAGAGCAAUAACCAGUAACAUCUAUUAAUUAAGUAUUUAAAAAAUAACUGAUUUUAUUCUGUAAAGGAGUUGUGUUUUAUGGUUAACUUUUAUUUAUAUAUAUAUAUAUAUUAUAUAUAUAUAUAUGCUUUAAAUGCUUAAAUUGUGUUUUAUGCAUUGUCAAUAUCGCAAUUUAUAAAUUGUUAUAAAGAUGUUUUUAAAAUUUAGAUAGUAGUAUCUGACCCUAUUUUCUUACUUAUUAGCAAAUAAGAAUAUUGUGUAUUUAGUUGAGCUACCUGACUAUGAAUCAGGUGUGUGCACAGCCUCUUGAAUGUGAGGUCAUGUCAACUUUGGAAAUGCUUCAACCAAAUGCAUGCAGCUAAUUUGCCAUUCAGUUUACAGGUAUGGAAAGUAUAUGUCUUGGGGAAAUAGAAAGUUUCUGGUUUGAAAAGUACCUAUAGCUCAGAAUUUACAUACAUAAAGGUGCACAUUAUAUUCCAUGCUGCUUUUUUACUUUGUACAAAUACAUAAAUCACAAUGUGAUUUUGUGGAUGGUUUCUCAAACUUGUAUAAUUUGCUGAAUAAAACAGUAUUGUGCCUACAUUUUAAAUAUCAGAUAUAUUACAUUUGUGUCAUGUACAGGGGUUUCUUUCACAGGCAGAAAUACUAGACCUGCUUUAGUUUAGUGAGUAACCUUAUAUUGUACUUGUAGCAGACUAGCAUCAUGAUUGGUUA